AUGACAUGCUCUGUAGUAGUUGACGGCAGCGGAAGUACAACACGUCUUCGAUCACCGGAACGAAAUCAUUGCUUUAAACGUCGAGCUAGAAACAGUAUAGCUAGAGAUUUCGGGCAUCUGAAAAAAAUCUUGAAAGGAGUACGGCAGUCGAAUCGAGUCAAUUUUUGGCUUGAUUUCAUUGUGAUUGGAUUUGGAGGCGAGAAAUAUGGAUUUACAUUGAAAACUUGGUGCCUAAUGGAUUCCACGGGAAUCAAUUUGAACGGAUGGAACUGUGUCGAUCCCAUCCGUGUUUACAGUGGAUAUUUCACAACAUUGAGCUAUGAGAGGCGAUCGGAAGAUCGGGAAUUCCGAGGAAAGAUAUGGUGGUGGGAAGUAGGAAGGAUGAUUAACAUUGACUUCCAUUCUCUAUUAAUGGACUGGGGUGAGGCAUGUCAGCAAUCAGCAUUGACAGCUUUCAUGUCCACAAGUCUAAUGGCUGGAGCACUGACGGGCUCUUUCACGGCUGGAUGGCUUGCGGAUACAUAUGGAAGACUGCCGGUAUUGAAAGGUUGUCUGUUACUCGUCUGCAUUAUUAAUGGUGUUUUUUCAAUUGUCGCUACCGUAUCGUGGGUAAUGUCAGCUGCAUUCAUGUUUACACUCGGUGCAGGAUGUGGUGGAUAUAUGGUGACCAAUCUCGUCUUACUUGUGGAAAGUCUCGAUCAUCCUGGCUCACGACUUCUAGGAGUUUCACUUAACGGAUGGAGUUUCUCAAUGAUUUUCGUUGCCUUGCUUGCUCGAUUUACUAGGCACUGGUUUCUUUUCCAUCUUCUCACAUCAGCAAUGGCUUUGGUGGCAUUUAUGGCUUUUCAAAUCUGGGUUGUUGAAAGCUGCCGUUGGUUAGCUAGUGUACAUCGCAAUACAGAGGCUCAUUCGGUGGCAAUUCGAGUGGUGUCUAGUGACCCUGAAGUCGCGGAUUCAAUAAAAGAUUGGCAGUGGUGGGAAAUACUAGGUUUCUCAGAACCAGCUAUAUCUUCAGCGAGCGCGAAAGUGCUAUCAAGAAAGUAUACAUAUGCGGAUCUUUUCAGAUUUUAUUUCAAUGCCGAUGCCUUACCAGGAAAUCGCUAUGUGAAUAUGGCUAUUAUGGGUUUUUCAAAGUUUGUUAUGGGUUUGAUACCGUUUGCUGUAUCGCCUCUUGUUGGUCGACGUCCUAUUGUGUCUAUCUCUGUUGGUGUAGCCUGCCUUUGUGCAUGGUUAACGGUUAUAAGUCAGUCGUAUGGAGUUUCUGCUGGUCACUGGUCGUUGGUUGCAUUUUCCUUGAUCGUCUCGGCAGCACUAGAUCCUGCUUGGAAGAUUAAUCAUCUUUACUCGGCAGAACUGUUUCCUACUGUAGUCAGGAAUAUGGCUCGAGCUGUUUGUAAUGUCGGCGCUAGGCUAGGAUCCGUUCUCGCACCGAUGGUCGUUCAUUUACGUACGGUGCACUACUUGAUACCGUACCUGGCGUUUGCUGUAUUCCUCACAGUACAGCUUGUCGUGGUAGUUGUUUGUAUUCCGGAGACGAAGGAUCGGCCACUUCCAGAGGAGCUGCCCCCGAAACGAUCUGGUAGUCGUGAUCAGCAAAUGGUCGAGUUGAAUCCUGCUACGGCCGGCUCACAGAUUCAUGAACCUACAUAAGGACUUUUGGUGUCCUGGGCUGCGUUGCUGUAUCGAUACAGCGAUCCAAAGGCUCGAACAGCUCAGAUCUAUGAGCUCCCACCACGUCCCAAACUCGUAGGACCAUUAGCUGUAAAUGAUAAGCUACAAAAUGUGGAAUACAUUUUGAAAGGAGAAGUUGAUGGACCGGAAUCGCUAGUUAUCGAAGGAGGUACAUUCCGACAAAUUGUCAAUAGCAAUGUACCAAUUCAGGGGCGAUAUAUGCGAUUUUUAAACGAUGUAGAGGUUUUAAACGAAGAUGAGAUAGUGUUCACGGACAGUUCAUCAAAGUGGGAUCGACGGCAUGUGGUUCAUAUCAUUAUUGGGCAUGAAUCACUUGGCAGAAUUUUCAAACACAAGAUCUCAACCGGGGAAACAACCGUUCUGGCUGAUGGCCUUCAUCUUCCUAAUGGAAUUCAGUUGCAUCCGGAUGGGAAAUCGCUCCUGUUUGCUGAAUGCAAUAUGGCAAGGAUAGAUCGAUUGGAUUUGAGCACCAACAAAGUGACACCAUUCGCUAAAAAUCUGCCAGGCUUACCCGAUAACAUCAGACCUGGGUCAGAUGACACGCUAUGGGUAGGACUGGCUGGUGUGCGGCAUGCUGAUGCGCUAUCAUUGAUUGAUGCGGGUGGCUCCUAUCCGUUGAUCCGUCAGAUUCUUCUCGAUGUACGGUUCACUUUCAUUAAGUACAUUUCAGAGAUCAUAGUACCGCAUCAUUGGUGGAUAAAUUACAUUCAAAUGAUGCGACCACCACAUGCGAUGAUUGUUCAAUUGAAUUCGAAUGGUGAAAUUAUUCAAUCGCUGCACGACAUCACGGGUACUCAUAUACAGGAUGUGUCUCAGGUAUCUCAAUCUGGUGACUACCUCUAUUUUGGAAGUUUCCAUAAUAAGUAUAUUGCUAGACUACAUAUCGGGAAAUGA